AUGGAUUCCCUCAUGUCUCUGGGUGCCCCACUGAAACAGUUCACCAGUUGUGUGUCAGGGAAGAACAGCCCCGCCAAGAGGAGCCAGUCUGUCCGCAGAAACAGCUUCACUCGCAGGAAGAGCGUCAGCAGGAGGAGAAGUCUUCCCUGUAGCAGUCAGAAAGUGCCAGAUUCCUGGCUGCGGAUAUAUCAGGCUGAGCUGAAGAGGGAAAGGUAGGUCUGAGCCUUACAUAUCAUGUCGGAACAAGCUGACUUUUCCAGUAUUUGUCAUUUUACUUAAGCACUUUUAAACAGUAUGUUUUCUGACAGUAAUACAGUUUUCAGUCACCACCUUGUUGUCUAGCUCACACUUUUGACCAGACAGACUCAGCUUAAUGAGGAUCAAGCUGUUCUUAACACAAAUAAGCCGCUUGCCCAUGUGCUUUGCCUCAUGUGUCUUCUGUUUUGUUUGUUAAAGGAAAAGGCAGCAAGCCAUCCUGGCCAAGAAGAAUGCAGAGAGAACGGUGAGAAGAACCCAUUUUAGGAGCCACCACUGCCUCCCAAGGGUGAGUAAACAACAAGAACAACAAAGAAAAUACUCUGUGAUUUUAGGAUUUCAACAUCUUUAUUAUUAUUGUUCCUUUUCCCUGUGUAGCAGACCACAGCCGCCAGAAAAUCAGCCCCAGGAAAGGACGAUUCCUUCUUUGGAGCCUUCCAGGGCCUCAGUCUGGAUGGCCUGGUGGGAGGCAGUAGUGGAUCUCCAGCUGUAGCUGCUCCUGCUGCAGGAGGAGAUCCAUGCAAAGUCAUGUGA